AUGACCAGAAAAUCAAGAGAAACUUCUGAUCUUUAUUAUUAUGUCAAUGAUAUCCCAAAUAUCUCUGCAAUAUUUUUCUAUGGUUUUCAACAGAUGCUCGUAUGCAUUUCAGCUUUACUGAUUACACCUUAUCUUGUUUCCAAUUUAUUAUGUGCUGGAGUUGAAACAACUGCGGUCAGAGUUCAACUAAUUUCUGCAACUUUUAUCACAGGUGGAAUAGCAACUAUUCUACAGUCUACAUUUGGGCUUAGACUUGCUAUUCUUCAUGGACCCUCUGCCGCGUUCUUUCCUGCUCUACAUACAUUUGGAGAUCUUUAUCCAUGCAAUUCUGAUACUGAUACUACACAAUGGAGGGAAAGACUGCAAUUGAUUUCCGGAUCACUAUUUGCGGCAGUACUAAUCAUGCCCUUUCUGGGGUUGACUGGAAUGGUUGGAAGAAUGGCUAAACAUAUUGGUCCAAUUACAAUUGUACCUAUGUUAAUUCUACUUUGCAUUGGAGUGAUUCCCGAUAUUGAACAUAAAGUCUCACUUCACUGGAUAUCUAUUAUCGAAAUUCUAAUUCUUAUUGCUUUUGUGGUGUUAUUGGAAGAAUAUGAAGUACCCAUCCCAGCUUUUUCCAUGGAACAGAAGAAAUUCAACACCAUGAAAAUAAAACUGUUCAGCCAGUUUCCGUAUCUCUUGGGAAUAAUGAUAGCCUGGUUUGCGUGUUGGAUACUUACAAUUUCUGAUCUAGAGCCAUAUGGAAGUUCUGCAAGAACUGAUCGGAAUGACAGUUUAUUUGUAUUAGAAAAUACUCCAUGGAUUCAAAUUCAAUACCCUCUUCAGUUCGGAUUCCCCAGAUUGAGUGCUCCAUUGGUGAUUGCAUUUACUGCUUCAAUGUUAGCAGCAAUGAUAGAAAGUAUUGGAAGUUAUGGAAUAUGUGCUCGAAUUUGUCAGCAAGGGAGUCCUCCAUCUUCAAGUAUGAAUCGGGCAUUUGUUGUAGAAGGUUUUGGAAGUAUGUUAGCAGCAUUAAUGGGAGUUGGAACUGGUGUUACAACUUAUUCAGAGAAUAUUGCAAUUAUGCAAGUCACAAAAGUAACCAGUCGAAUAACAAUGCAAUGUGCCGGAGUAAUUCUAAUUUUAAUGGGUAUUUUCUCGAAAUUCGCUGCAUUUCUUGCAAUGAUACCUGAAGCUAUAAUUGGAGGAGUAUUAACUGCUGGAAUGAGUAUGAUUUGUGGAGUUGCAUUUUCAAAUUUACAAUCAGUUGAUCUACGGCUUUCAAGAAACUUGACAAUAAUUGGACUUUCAAUUAUUCUUGGAUGCACAAUUCCAGCUCACUUUGAGAAAUCACCUCUUCAUAGUGGAAAUAAGACAAUUGAUGACAUUUUUGGAACAUUAUUAAAAAUGAGAAUGCUUGUUGGAGGAUUAAUUGCAUUUUGUUUAGAUAUUAUUGCUAGUGGAGCAACAAGAAAGCAAAGAGGAUUUGAAGAUAAGUUAGAGAAGAUUGAAAUAUCAGUGGAAAAGAAUGGAUUCGCAUUGUCUUCAUUUGCAAAUCAGACUAUUUUGAAAAUUCCAUCUCUUACAAAACUUCCAAUUGUUCCUUCUGAAAAGUCAAUAAGGAGAAUAGAAGAAUUAAGAAUGAAAGUAAUUGACCAUAAGAUUGUAAGUCAAUAA